CAUGCAUUCACCGAGAGAGGAGAGGAGUGGAGUGGAUUCCUGCAUCGUUAGCUGGCUUUAUCAUUUAUACUCUAAAAUCGCGGUCUAUAACCACCAGCUUUUCGGUGCUUCGCGUCAGACUUACUUUGUUCAAAAGACGGUUUCCUACACACGUUUGUUCGCCUGUUAGCUCUUUAUCGAGCCACUGCGCUAGCGGUGCUCCCGGGCCUAGCCAGAUAUCUUGCUUUCAGGCAGAUUUCGUGCUUUCAGGCAACGACAAAAUAUUGCAAAUCUGUUCGAAGCUGAUGUGCACAAAUAACCAAUUUACAGUUCAACAGUAUUUUCUUUACCACCGUAUUUGAAUGGUCUACGAUUCUGUACCGCUCUAUGGGUAAAGUCGGUUAGCCAAUGAGAGCGGAACACAAGCUAGCACACGUUGUUCAUGCUGCAUCAGGUCGCCUCAGUUCCACACCGUCCACAAACACGACCCCCAGCCUUAAACGAGUGUGUUCAGCUUUAAACGCGAGUAAACAGUGAGAGCAACAUUUUUCAGAUCCACUUCAUAAGAAACCCCUUUUUGAAACUGACCUCAACAGAGGACAGCUGCAGGGGUGCAGAAAUGGAAUGUGAUGUGAACACCGGUGUUGACAGUGUUGAUCCAACUGAGAUUAUUCAGUGUGAAGAUAAAGCGCUCAGGGACGGCAGUGAAACACCACGAAAGAAAAACAAGAAGCACAAAAAGCACAAAAGUAAGAAGAAGCGUAAGAAGAAGAAGGAUGAAAAAGAUAGCAGCUCUGAAUCUGGAGUGGAAUCAGACCAGGAGUCUCAAACAAAAUCAGGUGUGAAAAAAGAAGAUACCUCCAAUUUUGAGUCUGGUAAUCAUGAUGAAGAUAAAGAAUCAGCAAAAAAUUCAGUUGCAGAACCACAUGAUGAUGAAUACAAAGCCAGAAAAUCAAAGCGUCAUACAGGGAAAAAGAAGAAGAAAAAGAAACGAAAGGAAGAAGAAAAGCAACAGAGACAUUCUUCUCGUUCACACUCGGCGAGUACGUCUGAAUCAGAGUCUGAAUCGGAAUCUGAGUCGAAGCAUUCACAAGCGUUGGACCCCUCUGGCUUGGACAAGAAGUCACCAGCAAUUCCAAUAAAGCCUUCAAAUGAUAGCUGCAAAGAUAAGAUCUUACUAUCAGAUGACAAAAAGGCAGAAGUCACUAGCAAACCUGAACAUAGCAAAGAGGAAAGCAUUAAACCAGUGUGGCGGGAAGAUGAGCCUCUACUGGAUGCAUGUUUGCAAUCUGUUAAUGUGGAACAGCUCGAUGAAAAUAAAACAGAAAAUGUGAACAUUGAAAAGAAUGGAAGUUUUAGCAAAGCUCAGGAGCUUCCUGAUAUAAUUCCUAAGCAGGAGAACGUCCACAAAGAGCAACUAAUGCAGAAGAAAAUAGCCAAGGAACCACAUGAGAAUCAGAGAGGAAGGGGAGAUAAGGAGUCAAGAGUAAGGUCUCAAUCACAUUCUGAUAAGUCAAGCCACAGUCGUUCAAGGACUCCAAAGAAAUCUUCUGGUUUAUCAGCACGCAGGAAAGAUAAAUCGCAAUCAUUGGAACGGUCUGUUUCUAGUUCACGAAGGAACAGUAGCACCCAAAAAAGGCUUUCACGGUCACCAUCAGAAAGUCGCAGGUCUCGGUCAAGAUCUGUUCGAGGACGAAAGCGCAAAUCAAAGUCAUUGUCGCAAAAGCGAAGACAUCGGUCUGACUCCAGGUCCAACACCAGAACUAAAAGAUCCCGGACGAAGUCCCCACGACGCAGCCGGCGAACAAGAUCUCGAUCUGCUGUAAAGCUACGCCGCUCACGGUCAAGGUCGAAACGAUCGAUUUCUCGCCGAAAGAACCGUUCAAGGUCACGCUCAAGAUCUGUUCGGAGAGGCAGGCGCUCGCCUUCACGCUCUCGCAGGAGGACGCCACCCUCCCGUACACGAAAGUCUAGAUCAAGGUCAAUCAGGAGAAGGAGGCGAACCCGUUCAAGGUCCGUUGUGGUCCUCAGACGAUCUAGAUCCCGAAUGAGGAGAAACAGACGAUCAAGAUCAAGGUCCAGAAACCCAAGAAGAAGAAGCAGGUCUUGCUCUCCUCUGCGAUCUAGGCGCUCCAAAUCUAAAUCCCCUGUUCGACAAAGGAGGUCAAAAUCUCCACGUAGAGCUAGGUCAGAGUCAAGAUCUCCAAAGCGCAGAAAGCAGUCAAAAUCACGUUCUCGCCAUUCAAAGACUCCUUCACCUAAAUUUAUUAGAGGAGCAAAAUUAAGUAAGAGUAAGCGAUCGAGAUCACUGUCCCCAAAAGACACAUCCAGGUCUAGAUCUAAUUCGAUUGGAAGACUUUCAUCAGAUAGAAGUCAGUCUCCAGCUAAGAGCAGGUCAAGCUCUUUGUCACCAGUCAAAGACCAUGACUUGUCAGAUAAAAGUGAUCAUAAGGAGAUAUCGGACUCCAAAAUAGAAGAAACCACCAGUGGCAUAGACCAAACUGCUCCCACAGAAAGGUGGAAGCCACUGACACACACAAGUCCAUCUCCAAAAAGCUCCUCAAAUGAAAACCUGGAACAAACAGAACUUGAAUCAAAAAAUAAAAACUCCAGUGAAGAGUCUAAGAGCACCUUAGAUGGCACCGGGAGGCAAAAUGCAUCUAGAUCAAGGUCCUCUUCAUCAGAGCCAUUAGCUCAGGAUGGGAGUUCUGGGUCAGAUGAUAACGAGCAGUCUGAUAACUCACAAUCACGAACACCAAGUCCAGCCCUAAAAAAAUCAGGGUUAAAGCUUAGCAGGGUGUCUAAGUCACCUGUUAGAAGGAAGCGUUCUAGGUCUGCUUCCUCAACCCACAAGUCACGGUCCAAAUCAAAGUCUGUUAGUGGUGGGGAAAAGUCUAAAUCUCCUACAAGGAAACGAAGAUCAAGAUCCUCCUCACAAAGCCUAAGAAAGAGAUCAACAUCUAGGUCCCCUGCCCGGCGAAGGAAAUCGCGUUCAAGAUCAGUCACGCACCGAGGGAAAUCAAGGUCUAAAUCUCGUCCCAGGACCAAGCGCUCAAAAUCUAAAUCUCCCAAAAGAAAACGUUCAAAGUCUAGAUCACCAGUACGAAAACGGCGGUCUAAAUCACGCUCCCCUGCUCGGAGGAAGAGGUCAAAAAGUCAAGAAAAAAGCAAACGUUCAAAAUCCCGUUCCCCUACCAGAAAGAGAAGGUCACGCUCUCGCUCAAGGGCACGUCACUCACGAUCUAAAAGAUCUCGCUCAGCAUCUCGUCGGAGGAGACCCGUAUUUAGAGGUCAUUCUUUUGACAGGCGAGAUCGAUGGAAGCGUGAGCCAAGCCAUUCUCCAAUCCUCAUCCUCCGUAAAAGAAGGUCCACUUCAAGAACACGUCGUAGCGCAAGCAAGACACCACCACGCCUCACUGAGCUAGACAAGGAUCAGCUAUUGGAGAUUGCCAAGGCUAAUGCUGCAGCAAUGUGUGCUAAAGCAGGGAUGCCCAUCCCAGAGAGCCUUAGGCCCAAGGCUAUCCUCCAGUUGCCUUUGCCAACUCCUGCUCCAGCACCUCUGUCUUUGCCGUUGCCCUUGCCAGUUCCCAACUUGCCCAUGAAUAUCCCAAUGGGAAUACCUGGUAUGCCUCCAAUACCAAACAUGCCUAUGAAUGCUGCUAUGGCCAGUAUGACAGCAGCCACUAUGACUGCGGCAUUGUCUAACAUGGGAGCCUUGGCAGCCAUGCCCCCUAUGCCUCCACUGCCCACCAUCACCAACAAGCCUCCCCCAGCUCCUACUCCUAAUCUGGCAAACAUUGAAGAAGUAAAGAGAAAAGUGGCACAGCAGGCUAACAGCAUUAGUAUUAAGGAGCUCACAGAGAAAUGUAAGCAGAUUGCAGAAAGCAAGGAGGAAAUGGGGCUCUAACAAAGACUGAUGGAGCAUCAAAUGACUGAUUUGUGAUUAAUGGUAAUAUCCCUUGAUGGUAACCUGGUAAAGCUGAAUAAGAAAAUAAAAUAAAGACCACUGGAUUUUAAAUUGUAAAUCUAAGAAAGAGUACUGAUUCCCACGGAUGGUUCUACGAUCAAAUAAUCUGAUGCCACUGUAUGUGGGAGAGUUAAUCUCGUCACAGAACCUAAUCUGUUGGAUGAGAUCAUUUUGUGUGUCUUCGGGAAGAUUAAGGGCCUUAUUGUAUAUCAAAGCAAACACACUGCUUGGUCAGAUUCACAGUGAAGUAUUGUUUGAAUUUCAAUGUGGUCUUUCUUGACUGUUGAAAGAAUCGAAUAUCUUCAGGUGGCACCAGUGUGGAUUUAUUUGACCAACAGUAUGAAUUUUAGACCACCAAGCUCCAUGACUCACAUCAUAUGUAAAUCCCAUAUAAAAUGUAAAUCUCAUUUAUAAAGUACUUUUGUGACCAGGAUUCCAUUAUUUGUUCUUAACUAUUUUGUGAAGUUUUUUUUUAUUAUUAUUAUUAUUAAGAAACUAAAAUUUGAGGAUAAAUUGUCACUAAAUGCUAUGCUUCAUAGAUGAUAUUUUACUUGCACAGGUUUUCAGUUGUAUGUGAUCUGGGAAUUAAAAAGACACACUGUACUGUAUUUUAGAGCCUGACAAGUGUACAGUGCCAUUUUAUCUUAUCAUUUGAAUUGGAUGGAAAUGUAUAUGGCCAGUAGAGGUUUGUGAUGGGGUGCAUUGUUUAUUGCUGUUCAUCAUUUAUAAAUUGUCAGAUUAAAAACAAGAGUGCAUAAUAUGUACUUGGAUGGACUGCUCUUGCUGGGAGACCUAUACUUUAUACUAUAUGUUCAGUGAUUUGUCCAAGUGUUCAUUUUGGUGCAUUUAGCUAAUUCUUCUAUUUUUCUUUUUUUUUUCUUUCUUUUUUUGUUUCAGUAUUUUGAGGAGAGAAAUCAUUCCCAAUUAUCUGAAGGUUACAUAUUAGGAAAUAUUUCAGUUUAUUGUCCAUUUUCUUUUACCCAAUAAGUAAAAUUACUAGUUAUAAAAGUGUAUAUAUAGACAAAAUACACAAACUUAAUAAUAAAGACUGAUUUUAAACUAGAAGGUAUGAAGCACUCGAAACAUUGCUUCUCAUGAUAGAAUUGCACAGUAUAUGUAUCUCCAUGCUUUUUACCAGUCCCCUAAAUACUGACACAAUAUCACAGUUGUGACCCAGGGAGUACAGCUUGAUUUAAAAAAAAAAAAAAGAAAGAAAACAAAAGAAAAGCUUGACAAUAAAUGUAAAAUAGUUGAAUUAAGCUGUUUAAAUAGUUUUUUUAAAGCCCAAUUCAUAGGCCACUGUAAUAGGAAUGUAAUACACUUUUAUUUAAAGUAAUGUCUCAGAGGAGUGGUACUCAACCUAUACGAGGCAGUGUGUAUUCUCGUACCUUUUGUGUAAGUACUAUGUUCCUUUCAUAGUGUAUCCACAAUUUUGAUUACACGGUAUGGUUUGGAUUUUGCUCUGCUGUAAGACACGCCUGCUUUGUACAUAAUGCACCAUAUGAUUAGUAAAAUAAAUGCCCAUGACCACUGA